CCUGCUCGCGAUCGGAGGUACGGAAGUCGAAAGUGAUUGAUUGUCAACCGCGUAGUACGGCGGUCGGAACGGUGACUGCUGGUUGGAUUGUGUGCAGUGACUUAUCAGGCAGCUAAGGUUGGACUAUUUUCCAAUAACACUUUGCUAACGGAUAGGAUUAUCGCCGACAGAACUCAGGAUGACUACUUUCGUUCUUAGAUUUUCCCAGCAGUACGAGAAUAUGGCGAAAGGUGCAGACCCCAUCAUAGACAGCUGGCCACUGAUGGGUUCACCGACUACCGUUCUAACAAUCGCCGCCUGCUAUCUGCUAUUUGUGCUUCACGUCGGACCACGAUGGAUGCAAAAUCGGAAACCCAUCGAACUGAAGGCGGCUCUCAUUUCCUACAACGCCGCCCAAGUCGUGUUUUCCACGGUGCUCUGCGUUCAACCGUUUUUCUUCGGCGGCAUUAGCAACAUGUUCACCGUUUCCUGCCACGCCAGCAGCAGCAGCAACAGCAACAAUACUACGGAUAACGAUCUUCAGCUCACGAUUUGGAAGUGCACCUGGUGGUAUUUCGUGCUGAAGUUGGUGGAACUUCUCGACACCGUGUUCUUCGUGCUACGCAAAAAGCAGAAUCAAGUAUCAUUUCUGCACGUCUAUCAUCACACCAUAAUGGCGGUAUUCACCUGGGGUUACCUGAAAUACCUGCCCGGAACCCAAGGAGCCUUUCUCGGAUUCGUAAACUCCUUCGUGCAUAUCGUGAUGUACACGUACUAUCUGAUAGCAGCCCUCGGUCCCCGCUACCACAAGUACCUCUGGUGGAAGAAGUACAUGACGACGCUGCAGUUGACGCAGUUCGGCAUCAUGUUGGUGUAUUUGUUCCUGAUCAUCACCUUCCAGUGCAGUGUGCCACGAUCGCUCAGUUUCUUCUUCGUGAUCAACGUCACCAUCUUUCUGUUUCUGUUUGGGAACUUCUACCGAAAGGCGUACGGCGCUGCAGGCAAACAAGCUGCAAUGAAAAAGGGACAGUAAAUCGACAGAAUGCUGACGAUUAUCGGUAGUUUAAGUUAAUGUGUUAUUACCCGAUUUAUUUAUUAUUAAUUUUAACGAUUCAAUAAAGUUUUUAUUCGAA